GGAGCCUGCAAUAUUUCAUUUCCGCCGCCGAGAUCAAUCCUCUCUCACGACUGCAAGGAACGAAAUUGCAAUUUUAAACUUCAGGGGUAUCUCCGUAUAAAUUUACCCCUCUAACUGACGGAUUUCUGGAUCUCCAAACGGUGACUCUAAUAACAAGUUUAAUCCCUCGCCUAUUCAUGCCAUCGAAACCACCAAGCCACACUUCUUCAGUUGGGGCGAAACCCUAGAGAGCUCGAAGAAGAGGAAAGCGAUCGACGGGUCUCAACCCUAGCAAUCUCGAAUCGAGGGGAGAGAGGGAGAGAGAUCCAUGGAGCGAAGGGGGAGGAGGAGGGGAUCGAUUGCGUUUCCGGAGAUCCUCUUCCCUCUGUUGCUCCUCGCCACCUACCUCCGCCGGGGCGCCACGCUCUCCGUCACCGUCACCGACGUGGAGUGCGUGUACGAGUACGUCCCGUACGAGGGCGACACAGUCUCCGGGAACUUCGUGGUCGUCGACCACGACAUCUUCUGGAGCUCCGAUCACCCCGGCAUCGAUCUCGUCGUGACUUCCCCAGGGGGCAAUACUGUGUACUCAUUGAAGGGAAAAUCUGGGGAGAAGUUCGAGUUCAAGGCUCCGAGACCUGGAAUGUACAAGUUUUGCUUCCAUAAUCCGUAUGGCGCACCAGAAACUGUAUCUUUCCACAUUCAUGUUGGACAUAUUCCCAAUGAACAUGACCUCGCUAAAGAUGAGCAUUUGGACCCUAUUAAUGUGAAGAUUGCGCAGCUCCGAGAAGCACUCGAAUCUGUAACAGCUGAGCAGAAGUACCUGAAGGCUCGUGAAGCUCGGCAUCGUCAUACAAAUGAGAGCACCAGAAGGCGUCUUAUCUUCUAUACACUGAUCGAGUACCUUGCACUCGUGUGCGCAAGCAUUCUUCAAGUAGUUUACAUCCGCCGGCUGUUUAGUAAGACCGUGGCGUACAAUAGGGUUUAGAACACAAAAUGUAUUAUGCCAUGGUAUAAAUGCGAAUACUUGGCAGAUGUAGUCUUCUCAUUUUGUUUAAAUUGAAACAGGUUUUAAAUUAUAAUCUUGUACUCUAGCAACUUUGUUGAAUCUGAUGUUUAUCCUGGUGUAGAACCUUAUUUCUUCACGUAACAUUGAAGGAUCAUAAUAGAUAUGUUUGAUUUAGGGAAAAAGUUGUUAGAACAUUGAGGAUGCUUUUUGAUAUAAGAGUCUACUAUGCCAUUUCAUUUA